AUGUCAAUCGCCUCGGAGGGCCAGUUCCAAUGCGGACAGAGCAGCUUCUACUCCAAAACCUGGACGCCAAACGGCCCAAUCAAGGCAAAGGUUGUUUUUGUCCACGGCUUCAGCGAGCACGUCAAUCGCUACAACGACUUUUUCCCCAAGCUCGCAAACCAGGGAAUCCAAGUUUUGGGCUGGGAUCAGCGAGGAUGGGGUCGCACCGUAACCAAGCCAUCGCAGAAGGGACUGACAGGACCAACCUCGCAGGUUGUCGCUGACGUUGCCGCAUUCAUUCAAGACAAGCUCCCGCCCAAGGACGAUGUCGCAUCCGCCCCCCCCAUCUUCGUCAUGGGUCACUCAAUGGGCGGCGGAGAGAUUCUCACGCUGGCCGGAGACGUCAAGUAUGCCCAUCUGGUCGGUCAAGUCCGUGGCUGGAUCCUCGAAAGCCCCUUUAUUGGCUUCCCCGCGGGCGAAGAGCCCAACUGCUUCAAGGUCUAUGCCGGUCGCUUAGCCGCUCGGGUUUUGCCGCAUCAGCAGCUCAAACACGUCGUGCCCCCAGAGUAUCUCAGCCGAGACGAAGCUGUUGUUCAGGCCGUGCGAGAUGACCCCCUAUGCCACAACACGGGAACGCUCGAGGGUCUGGCUUCUCUCUUGGACCGGACGGCGCUCUUGUCUUCCGGUCAAGUCCGGCUCGGUAAACAGGUGAGAAGCGUCUUGCUGGCUCAUGGGACGGCAGAUAGAACGUGUAGCCACGAUGCCGCUGUUGCUUUUCUCCAGCAGCAACACGACGUGGACGACAAAACCACCAAGUCAUACCAGGGAGCAUACCAUCAACUCCACACAGACUACUGCAAAGACGAGUUUGCCCAAGAUGUCAUCAGCUGGAUCUUGAAACGCUCGGGUGGAACCGGGGUUACCGAUGAACAUUUUGACGCGAAGCUUUAG